AUGUCAAAUUUAUACAAUCUUUACAAAAAGAUUUACAUAAAACAAGGUAUAGACGUUGUGAGUGUGAGAAUUUUUCGUAAAAUAUUUCAAGAGAACUUCAACAUUAGUUUUCAUGUGCCUAAAAAAGAUAAGUGUCUUAAGUGUCUUCAGUUUGAAAAAGAUGAUAAUCUUGAAAAUCAGAAAGAGAAGCAAGAGCACGAAGUAGAAAUAGAGCAAAGUUAUGCCCGUUUUAAAGUACACAAAGAUAUUCACAAAGAUCCUUCAACUCUUUGUGCUAGUUUUGAUCUCGAAAAAGUAUUUAACACACCUUUUGCCCAAUCUAUGCUUCUGUACUACAGUAGAAAACUAGCAGUGUAUAAUUUAUGUGUUUACGAAAAUGGAACUCGUAAUGUUUUCUGUUUCUACUGGGAUGAGAGCAACGGAAAGCGUGGCGCUAACGAGAUUGCGACUAUAAUGCAUAAAUAUAUUCAAUCAGUGGAUGCUAGAGGGAACGUCACUCGAUUACUUCUUUACUGCGACUGUUGUCCGGGCCAAAACCGCAACCGUACUGUAUUGGCAAUGUUGCACUCCUCAUUACAAGCGUGUAAAAAUAUAAACACUAUUCAAAUAAACUUUCUCUUGACUGGACACACUUACAUGCCCGUGGAUAGUGUUCAUGCUAUAAUUGAAAUCAGAUUAAAAAAUACAACUGUUUAUGCCCCAUCACAAUGGUUUACAGUUAUUGCAACAGCUAGGCAGAAACCAUCACCUUUCGCCAUGGAAAGGCUGAGUUACGAAGAUUUUUAA